AUGGCUACCGCCACGCGGAGCAAGAAAGCCAAGCAGUUGAAACAACUGGCUGCCAAGCGGGGCAACCUACUGCAAUCAGCGCAAUUGAUUCGCGAAUUUGACCAAAAUUAUGAUGUUUCGCAAGCAGCCGAGAUUCCAUUUCGGCUUGAUCGUUUGGACAAGUUAUGGGAUGAGCUGGAACACGUUGAUAUGGAGCUUGAAGCACUUUGCGGUGAAGACCCUGGCGCCGCUGAAACUCGUGCCGAGUUUCAGAACUUGUACUAUCGAUUGAAGGGUUCACUUACGAGAAAGCUUCCAGCUCCUACCCAAGCCAAUCCACCUGCUCCCGUACAACAACAGCAGAUUAUGCUCCCUUCCUCUGGUGUGCGCCUCCCAGAGCUAAAAAUCCCAGAAUUUGAUGGGAACCCUGAAGAUAGGUCUGGCUUUCAUGACUUGUUUAAAUCCAUGAUCCAUGACAACUACCAAUUAACAAACAUUCAGAAGCUACAUUAUCUUCGAGCUUCGUUGAAAGGGGAUGCUGCUCGUAUCAUCUCUUCUCUUGCCGUUUCUACGUACAGCUACACUGUUGCGUGGAAGUUGAUAACGGAUCGUUACGAGGACAAGAAUUUGUUGAUCAAGCAACACAUCUCUGCGCUUUUUUCCGUUUCUCCGCUGCGGAAUGAGUCCGCUUCUGGCCUUUCUGAACUGGCAGAUGAGUUCGAGAAACACGUGAAAAUCUUGGACUCUCUAGAAACCAAGGCGCAGCAUUGGGAUUCUGUGUUGGUGGAGCUCCUUUUCAGUCGUAUGGAUGCCACCUCACAGAAACAGUGGGAAAAUAACCGUGACAAAACCCAGCGUCCUUCGUACGACGAUCUCAUAAAGUUUAUCCAUGAUCACUCACGCACACUGCAGUCCCUCAAGCUCUCCCAAUUAGUUUGUACACCGUCGAUGGAGGUCAAGCCUACGAAGUCACGACAAGUGUUGGCCCAUUCGGCCACAGAACAAACUCCUAAAUGCGCUGCGUGCAAACAAGCGCAUUUUCUGUUCCAAUGCGAGGUCUUUCGUGAUCAAACUCCGCAUCAACGUUUCGAUUUAGUUAAACGGAACAACCUAUGCAUCAAUUGCAUCAAAGCAUCCCAUCAAGCAAGAAACUGUACCAGUGGGUGCUGCAAGUAUUGCCAAAAGAAGCACCACACUUUGCUUCAUCUCCCGUCGUCCGCCUCCUUGAUGACGGGUGGAGCUCCACCACACAGUCAACAGACUGAAUUCCCAAUGCAUGAAACAAAUCCCAAUCUGUCGCAUUCUCCUCCGGUUCCGUUCAAUAGUGGCCCGGAUGUCACUUCGGUCAAUCGUGCGUACCCGCUGUCGUCGCCGUCGGUAUUUGCGCCUCGCCUGCCCCCGUCGGAAAUAGUCACACCUCCUUUCACCGCCUGUCAAACCGUCGCACCAGCAAAUGUUGGUGAAAAUACAGUGAUUUUGUACACCGCACUAGUGAAUAUCCACGAUAACCUCGGACACAGUCAAAUCGCUCGUGCACUCCUAGACAGCGGCUCGCAGUCAAGUUUCGUUUCCGAAUCGUUGUGCCAACGUUUAUCGCUCAACCGAGUGAAAAUCAACAUGCCUGUAAGCGGCAUUGGGCAAGCAAUUGUCAACGUACGUUACGUAGUCUCGGUGAGCAUCUCAUCCCGAUUUGGGUCACAACAAUUCCCAUUGCAUUGCCUGGUGUUGCCGAAACUAACGGUGAACCUUCCAACGAAGACGGUGGAUAUUAACACGUGGAAAAUUCCCAAGCAUCUACUGUUAGCAGACCCACACUUCUAUCAAAGUUAUGGUAUCGAUUUAAUUAUCGGUGCCGAGCUUAUCCCGUUCAUUCUGCAAUCCGAGCAGAUUCCGUUCGAUGACCAGCUACCACCACUCCAGAAGACAAGCUUCGGAUACGUAUUCUCGGGAAAGGUUCCCGCUUCGAUGACCACUCCACUUACCUGCUUGGUCUCCGCUUUCGACAACCUGGACGCACAGGUGAAAAUAUUCUGGGAAGUGGAAAACUUUGAUGUCGGGAAAUGCCUGACUGCCGAAGAACAACAGUGUGAAGCCCACUUCGCAUCUACACACAGUCGCAAUGCCGACGGUCGUUAUGUAGUACGUCUACCAGUUAGGCAAGAACUUCUACCGUCUAUUGGAGACACGUGGAACACAGCAGCUCUUCGAUUUUCUGCCGUUGAAAGACGGUUCCGCUCCGAUGAAACACUAUACAAGAGCUACACCGAUUUCAUGGAGGAGUACGAACGGUUAGGCCACAUGGAGGAAGUGAAGACUCGCGUCGCGUUACCCCAGUAUUUCCUGCCCCAUCACGCAGUCCAUCGUCCCGACUCGUCAACAACCAAAAUAAGAGUUGUGUUCGACGGCUCGGCUAAAAGCAGCAACCAGCUCUCCUUGAACGAUCUUCUUCUCACAGGACCAACAGUUCAGCCUUCCAUGUUGUGCAUCGUUGUCAACUCUCGUUUCCACCGAUUCGUCAUGAAAGCAGACGUGGAGAAAAUGUUUCGACAGGCUUUGGUUCAUCCAGACGAUCGCCUACUACAGCAAGUUGCGUGGCGCCGAAACGAAUCAGAGCCACUGAAAACCUAUUCCUUGAACACUGUCACCUACGGCACAUCUUGUGCUCCGUAUCUAGCAACCAGAGUCCUAAACCAGCUGGCAGACGAUGAAGGGCAUGACUUUCCACUGGCUGCCCCCAUUGUCAAGAAAGAUUUUUAUGUGGACGAUGUUUUAACUGGAUCCGAGAGCAUCGAAGCUCUAGUUAAAACCAGCAUACAGCUGACCGAAUUACUAAAGCGAGGUGGUUUCAAUCUGCGGAAGUGGAGCGCGAAUCACCCCAGUAUUCUGGAACAUUUUCCAGAGGAACUAAAGGAGCAUCAGUUGCCGCUAGAACUCGACCGAUCUGCAUCGAUCAAGGCACUGGGCCUACUAUGGUUUCCAAAGGAGGACGUAUUUGGAUUCAAGGUCCUUGAUUUUCCAGCCCUGCCACGCGUUACGAAGCGCCUCGUACUAUCGGAGAUGUCGCAGUUAUUUGACCCCUUGGGUCUGGUCGGUCCAGUGGUGGCCAGUGCGAAGAUGUUUGUGCAGCGAUUAUGGCAGGAGAAACUUUGCUGGGACGAAAAGCUGCCGGACAUUCUGCAAUCAUGGUGGUUGUCCUUCCGAGCAGGAAUUGGUAUCGUUCGGAAUCUUCGAGUCCCUCGGUGGGUGUUCGAAGAGAGUGCAAAGAGCUACGAGUUGCACUGUUUUGUCGACGCUUCUUCCAAAGGGUAUGGGGCGUGCAUCUACACGGUAUCAACAGGACCUUCCACUAAACGAACAAGCCAUUUGCUCAUAGCAAAAUCACGUGUUGCUCCAGUAUGUGGUUAUUCCAUCCCACGGUUGGAACUCUGUGCAGCUGUACUGGGAAGCCAGUUGGCUGAUACCAUUCGUAGAACAACCAAGUUUGACUCUACGGUCACGUUCUGGUCAGAUUCAUCGAUCGUUUUGCACUGGAUUAAUUCACCACCGUCGUCCUGGAAGAUAUUCGUGUCCAACCGAGUAUCGGAGGUCCAGAAACUCACACAAGGAUCUCAGUGGCGGCACGUUCCAACCCUAGAAAAUCCCGCCGAUCGUAUAUCUCGCGGGGUACAACCAGAUGAUAUCAAGAACGAUGCACUGUGGUGGCAUGGGCCGUCCUACUUGCUGAAUGAAGUGGAAUCGUGGCCAGCUCCGAUAAUUCCAUUGACGUCGACCGACAUUCAGCAGCAGACACCUGAGCAGCGGCAAACGGUUGUACUCCUAAGUGUCACAUUUGACGAUUCGCUAAUCCACGAUUACUCACAACUGUCGCAUCUUAUCAAAGUUGCUUCAUUCUGUCAACGUUUCGCAAAAAACUGCCGAUUGCCGAGGAUGGCUCGUACAGUGGGACCAAUCACUCCGGUCGAAUACGACAGUACUUUGAAGUCACUCAUCCGUGUUACGCAAGCUGCAUGUUUCCAGCAGGAACUGCGCCACCUGCGGCACAAUGAUCAAGAACGGAUGGCCCUGCGAAAGGCUGACUUCAAAUCACCAUUAAAAGACCUUGAUGUGUGGAUCGAUGACACCGGUCUUCUCAGAUUGAAUGGACGGCUAGCAAACUCACCUGGAUCCUUCGACAGCCGCCUCCAGAUCAUACUACCGGCCGACCACCACCUUUCAAGAUUGAUCGCCAACUCCGUUCACCAUCAAACACUGCAUGCAGGACCCACACAGCUCCUGGCAACAAUCCGUCAGCGCUUCUGGCCAAUACGCGGAAGAGAUCUAGCUCGAAGGACAGUCCACCAUUGCGUGACUUGUUUUCGUUUUCAUCCCCCAGCAAGCAACCAGUUUAUGGCUCCACUACCAUCAAGCCGUGUCACUGCAGCGAAAGUAUUCGAGCAUACGGGGCUGGAUUACUGUGGGCCGUUUUUCGUUCGACCAUUGGCAGGUAGAGGCGCGUCGGUAAAAGUCUGGGUCGCAGUGUACGUCUGUUUCGCCGUAAAAGCCGUAGUCCUCGACAUCGUCGCCGGGUUGUCGACGGAGUCGUGCGUCAAUUCGUUGAGGCGCUUCGCGAGUCGUGUCGGGCGUGUUCGUACAAUACACUGCGACAACAGCACUACGUUCGUCGGAGCGCGUCGAGAAGUUAUGGAGAUGCGACAAGCUUUGGUUGAUCAACUCAACGGCACUGCAUGGACCACCGAAUGUUUGGAGAAAGGCAUCGAGUUCCAGUUUAUUCCACCACGUGCGCCGCAUUUCGGCGGCCUAUGGGAGGCUGCAGUAAAGGCCUUCAAGCGGCAUUUCUGGAAGAUCAUCGGAGCAGCUCCACACCACUACGACGAUAUGCGCACAGUUGUUUCCCAAGCUGAAUGUAUACUGAACUCCAGACCAUUGACGCCUCUUUCCAACGACCCGCAGGAUCUCUCUGUCCUGACACCCGGCCAUUUCUUGCUAGGAGAGUCCCCCUUUCAUUUGCCGGAGGCAGACCUUUCUCAGGUGCCAACCAAUCGUCUCAACCAUUUCCAGGCCACACAACGCUCCGUUCAAAAUCUCUGGAAGCGUUGGUCCACGGAAUACAUCGGGUUUCUCCACCAACGGCCAGCUAAGUGGAGGAAGUCCCCAACCGAGUUUCGCGUCGGGACCAUGGUCUUGGUGAAGAAAGAUAACGUUCCUUCGAUGCAAUGGCCCCUUGGCAGAGUUGUGGCCAUCUAUCCCGGAAGUGACAACAUCGUGCGCGUAGUGGAUGUGCGCACGCAACUAGGUAUCCGACGCCGUGCAACAUCUGAACUAUGCGUCCUUCCCAUCGAAGAUCAGGGUCGAACGAAGGCACACGAUUGUGAAACCGUCACCACCAACUCUUCUUGA